AUGUCCAGAGAGGAAAAAUCUACAUCUGACCACACGACAAACGCCGAUAAUACCACAAAUGUCGACGAUCAAAAGAUUCAAGAUGCGUUGAAAGAUCAGACAAAAAAAAGAAAGGCUGAAGACGAAAUCGAAAUUGAUUUGAACCAAACAGUACCUCUAUCUAAGAAGCAAAAGAGACUGCUCAGAAGAGGAAAGACCACUUUGGAAGAGUUGAACGAAAAAUUCAACCUAGAUCCUUCUUCCAUCAAGGAAUACAAGGAUGAAGUUGCGGGAAAACCUCAGAAUUCUAAAGAGGGGACCCCACUCCCAGAGGAUAAUGAAUCUUCGAGCAAAACAGACUCUACUGCCAAAAAAGACAAGAAAUUCGGUGUGUGGAUCGGGAAUUUAGCAUUUGACACCUCAAAGGAGGACCUGUGCAGAUUUUUUAUUGCUAAAACGCGAGAGUUGGAGGACGAAGACGCUCAAGUUCAGCAGGAGGAUAUUCUUAGAGUGAAUCUUCCUUUGGCGAAGAAUGACGGCAAGCAAAUAAAGAACAAAGGUUUCGCACACAUGAACUUCCGCACGCAGAAGCAAAUGGAAGCUGUAAUCGCCCUCAGUGAGUCACACCUCAAUGGUAGAAAUAUGUUGAUCAAAAGCUCUCAAUCGUUCGAAGGGCGCCCAGACAAACAUGAUUUGAUUUCGCUGUCUAAGAAUCCCCCUUCACGUAUCCUUUUUGUGGGAAAUUUGUCUUUUGACACUACAGAUGAGUUAUUGAAGAAACAUUUCCAACACUGCGGCGAAAUAGUAAAGAUAAGAAUGGCAACUUUCCAGGAUACUGGGAAGUGCAAAGGCUUUGCUUUCGUGGACUUCAAAAAUGAGGAAGGGCCCACGGCUGCUCUUAAAGACAAGAGCUGCCGUAAAAUUGCAGGAAGACCCCUCAGAAUGGAAUUUGGAGAAGACAGGAGCAAGCGUCAGGUGAAGAGAAGAGAGCCUUCUGCGUCCUCCCCUCGCCCUACGGAGCCCUCGUUGCGGGAGAACGCCCCGUCUGUCUCAGCCCUGCCAGUUAGAGAGAGAAAACCAACCAAAAAAGUUCGCGAAUCUUCGUACAAAGACAAGAACAAUCGUCUCAAAAGUAGUGUCGCUCUUGCAGGUGCUCAAAGGGCAUCGGCAGCAAUUGUCACAUCUCAAGGUAAAAAGACGACAUUUUAA